GUAAGCGCUGGCGGCGCUGGGAGCGACGAAGGAAGGUAGCUGGGCACACCCUCACUCGAGCCCCAUAAUCUGAUUGAGGUGCGUGCCUUAGAUAUCUGCAGAGCCCCAGGUGGAGCCGGCUGGUGUUGUGAUCGGAAGCGCCGGGGCGCCCGUGCGCGGCGGCCGAGAUGGGACGCAUGGCGACGCUUUGUGGCCGCGCCGCCGGCGUGCUGGCCGCCUGCGUCAAGUACGGCUGCAUUGUACACUGCUCUACCGAGUACGUAGCCGACGUGGUCAUCUGCACCGGCCCCAGCAUGGAGCCGACCAUCAGCUCUCAUGACGUCAUCGUCACCGAGAAAAUCAGUCCACUGCGGCAGCGCAUCGCCGCCGGCGACAUCGUGGUGGUGCGCUCGCCGUCUAGCCCGCGCCACAACAUCUGCAAGCGCGUGACGGCCGUGGCGGGCGAGCGGGUCGGCGCUCGCGGCCAGCACCUGGUGCCGCGGGGCCACCUCUGGCUGGAGGGCGACAACGCGGCCAACUCCAACGACUCGCGCAGCUUCGGCGCCGUGCCGGCCGGCCUGGUGCGCGGCCGCGCCCUGCUCAAGCUCUGGCCUCCGGGCGACGCUGGCCUGUUCGACGCGCACGCCUGGCGACGGCGCCCGGCGCCUGGCGGUCGCUUGGGUGUCUGCCAGACUGGCGUCGAGGUCACGCAGUGCAGGGGCCAGGCCAAGCGUGACGGCCGCAUCUGCCGCGAAACAUGUCCGCUGGUCGGCAGCCGAUGCGGCCCGUGA